GGCGGUGGUGGCGGCGGCGGCCAGGCGCGGACCCGCGAAGGAGGGAAAGCGGCUUAUCCCCCCUCCCGCCCUCCCUCCGCCGGGUUGCCAUGGAGAUGGGCGGGCGGCGGCGGCGGGGCUGUCACUGAGGGAUCGCACCGCGGUCCGCGGCAGAGGGGAAGCCGCGGCGGCGGCGGCUGCAGCGGCAGAGGCAGAAAUGGACUCGCACUGCGACUGUGCCGAGCCCCCGGCCRCCGAGCAGCCGUCGGGGAGGAUUAACAAAACGGCCUUCAAGCUUUUCAGGAGGAGGAAGUCCGGGGGCACCAUGCCGAGCAUCUUCGGGGUGCGGAGCAGAGGCGGGGAGGGGAAGGGCGCCAGCAAGCCGGGGAUGGUGCGGAGCCGGACGCACGACGGCUUGGCCGACGCCGUGAUGGAGAGCAGCAAGAAGGAAGAACCGGGCGGCGGCGAGCCGCAGAGCCGUGAGGCGCAGGAGCCGCCRGCCGGCAGCCUCGGCGGCCCCGCUGGCGGCAGCUCGGUGGCCAAGUCGCACAGCUUCUUCUCGCUGCUGAGGAAGAACGGCAGGCAUGCGGAGGGCGCGGAGCCGCGGACCGGCGUCAGACAAAAGAAGGGGCUGAAGGGGAUCUUCAGCAGCAUGCGGUGGCACAGAAAGGACAAAACCGGCAAGGAGGAGAGGGGGGAAUCCUCGGACAUCCCAUCCGGCCUUAUCAUGCCUGGGUCCCUGACCGCCAGCCUGGAAUGCAUCAAGGAGGAGACGCCGAAACCUUUGUCUGAGAGCCCGAGCGGCGCGGGAGACGCCGGGCCGGAGCCGCCGCGGGAGAAGCGCAGCGGCGAGGAGCCYGCCGCGGCCGAGGAGCCCGAAGCGGGCGGAGCGGAGCCGCGGUCCAGCAGCCCCCCGCCCCKGGAGGAGCCGCCCGCCGCCGUGCGGCCACCCGAGGAGCUCAGCCGAGAGCGACCGGAGCCGGCCGCCGGAGAGGCUGGGACUGCGAAGGAUGCGGCGAUAACAGGUGACAUUCCAAUAMCGACUAUCCCCCCUGUUGAACCUCACUGUGAUAGCGGUCAAGAGACGGCAGCCGCCCCUGACCCUUCCUCUGUUGAUCCACCCUCAGAGCAAUCGAUUGAUCGUAUUUGUUUGAUGUUUGCUGACGUGACUUCACUGAAAAGCUUUGACUCUCUUACAGGCUGUGGAGAUAUUAUUGCGGACCAUGAGGAGGAUGUGGGCGGCGGGAGUGGCGUCUGCGAGAAGAGCACCCCCGGGCCCAGCAAGCUGGGUGCCACCAAGAAGCACCCCACCAUGGUGGCCUACCAGGGAGGAGGGGAGGAGAUGGCCAGCCCCGACCAGGUGGAUGACACCUGCCUGCAGGACUUCUGGGAUAUGCUGUCGCAUACAGACGAGACUCAGAAACAAGGAGGAGGAAGCGGAGGCGGGACAAAGAAGCCUGAGGGGUUGAAGGAAAGUCGAGGUACCGAGGGGGCCCAGAAUAAGGUGGUGGUGAAACGCGGUGGCCUCCACCAGAUUGCUAUUCACCUUAACCACAAAGAGGAGCAGAAGGGCAGGGAAAAGGAGCAGCACGAGGGUGCCCCAAACAGCGACGAGGGCUACUGGGAUUCCACCACCCCUGGUCCCGAGGAAGAUAGCUCCACAAGCAUCCAGAAGGAAACCAUUCCCAGGGAUAGCUACAGUGGGGAUGCUCUCUAUGACCUCUAUGCUGAGCCAGAUGAGACCCCACCAGCRGGGCCUACAAACGAAGGAGUCCCCAGCGUGCCACACUCCAAGCCCGUGUCUCCAAUAAUGACYGUGAGCUCGCUGAAAACGCCCUCGAGUGCAGCGAAGGACUCCAAGAUACCCAUCAGCAUCAAACACCUUUCCUCACAUCCCGCCAGCCAUGGAGCAGAUGCCAGUAACAGCCAUCACGUCGCACACCAUCACCUGGCCAAAAGCGAGAUGCACAGAACGAAAAUCCCYGUCUCCAAAGUGCUGGUACGCCGGGUCAGUAACAGAGGCGUGRCAGGGACGACAGUGAAAACUGCCACGCACCAGGACAGUGCCAAAAAGUAGUUGGGUAAGAGGGGAAGACAAAGACAGAAUGAAGUCAAUGUGGGAAAGUCUGCAUAGGAGACCACAGAUAAUGACAGUUUUGUGUCACCUGAAGAAAGUCGCCUAAAAGGCUUCCUCCAUUGUACUCCAUGGGCCUGCACUUCUGAGUCUCUUCUUACUAGACUGAAUAUAAAAAGUCAACUUCUUUUUGAGCACUUUUUUUUUACAUUUGUAUCUUUUUUCUGCAACACUGAACACUGGGGAGGUUCAUUUUUACAUGCUUUUCUGAAAGUGGGACUUGGAUUACGACCAUCCUUCCUCGUGCAAAGCAGUGUCAUGAGUUSUUCAAGGGAACAGAGUUAAAAAAGGAGCGACAUGAGAGGUUCUCCAAUACACUUUUAAUCAUUUCUUGGGGAGGAGUAGAGGGUGGUUGCCUGGCGGGCUCCGGAAAUGAUGUUUGCUCUACAAGAUGUUGCAGAAAAUGCCAAGCAGAAAACAACCCACCUAACAGGUAUUUUACCUGCUGUAGGAACAAGAACACUGCUCAGCAGCAGACUUGAUUGACUUGUGUGCAGGAGAUAAAACUAAGGAGUUAGGUGACUUGUCUAACAGGAAAACAUAUUUUCGUUUGUCUGUGUGGUUGGUUUUGAUCUGGUCUAAUGUAAAUGGAUAACAGAGACACCUGACGUAGGUUCAGAUGUUUACAUCAAUACUCGCCCGAUAAUGCAUACAGGUUCAGGGAAACAUUUUACUAAAUGCCAAUAUAUACACACUGUCCACAUUUAUACAGUAACUUGCUCGCCAUGUGUAAAUAUAUACAUGUUUUAGCAGAUUUUUUAUAAAAAAAAAAUCACCUGUCCUUAUUAUCUAGAGUUUAAGCAAGAGUUAGUUUUUAUAGGUAGAUAAUUUUACAGUUCUAAAAUGGUAGAACUUUGUGUAAGAACCUUAAAUUAGAGCAAAAAUCUGGUUUGUAUGGGCUCAUGCAUCCACAGAUAAGUAAGUCUGAAGUGCUGAUUUUAUUCCAGUGGUACAUUCCAUGGCUCAGAGCUGAUGUUCUGAUAGCAUUGCCACUGCAAACCUCUAUUUUUCAGGGGUUUAGACAAAGUUGCUCUGGGCUUAAACCUUACCGAGAAGGAACCCAGCAAAGAAACAAGUUUUUUAAGUAUUAUUUUUUAAAAUAUAUAAAAUUAGUUUUUGAAUAUUUAAAGAAAGUUUGGGUUCUCGUUGCUUUUUAUUUUCAUUCUUAAUAAUGUCAGAAUAAUUUUACUUUAAGAGAGAAAAAAAUGUGGUAAGCUAGUGGUACAUAAAAYGGUCUGAUGAGCUUGGUUCUUAGGGGAAAUAUAUUAAUGGCCAUGACAUUUUGAAUAGUGGCUACUGUAAAUGGGCAUUGGCAACAUUUCAAAGAAAUUUAAUAGGUUUUUAAUGUGCCUGAGGACAUAUUUUUAUGAUACACUGAAAAAGCUCUAAAAGUCACUGAAGUCUAAAGGUAAAUAUUAUGUAUUUACAGAAUAUUUUAAUAUAAGUAUUUAAUCAUCAGACCACAGUUAAUAUAAAAUAUAUGCUCCAGUGUAUCUGAAAAAAAAUAUACAUUUUUAAAAUAUACAUGUCUAUAUUAUGCAGAGAAUCCUAAAUUCAUGUCAUUGAAGCUAAUGGGUCUGAUCUUACAUAGCAGUUGGUUUUAUCGUCUCUUAACUCUAAAGGAAAAAGAAAAAAGGAAAAUAAAUAUACAGAAUAUGUGUUUGAAGGAUAUUAAGAUCAUAGGCAAACCAUAAAAAGCCAGGAAAUACCAUWAUAAGAAUUGUAUAUAUGUACAUGCGUGAUUCAAGGUUCACUGGAGAAAUGACCUUAAAGUCAUGAAGGGAAAUUGGCAUCUAGCUUUGAAAUCACUGCAGGAUUCAAUACCCCAGCAAACGUGUUAGUUUUCCCGACCAGCCCCUGUUUUCAUGGUUUAAGAACCUUAAUACACUUCAAAGAGGAUUAUUUUAUGUUUUCUUUCUGACRUGUAGGUGUGUGGUUUCCUAGAUGCCUCCUCGCACAGACGUGUUGUCCAUAUGCAUGUGUAGCGAGCACACGCUCCUGGCAGGGCCCGUGUGCCAGUGAGGGCUCUCCCCAUGCACACUCACACUCGUUUGAGCGCUGCCACGCACAGGCUGGGGGGUGGGCUCCAGAUCUGCCUGCAAACAUGCUGGCYAUGGCUUCCUUUGCCUCAGAAAGGGAUUUGCAUUUGGUCUGACUCCACUUGUGCAUUUUAGAAAGUCAAAGCUGAAACACCCUCAAAAGGCUGUAUGUACAGAACACAGAAUAUUAUCCUGAUCCUCAGCCCUAAACAUGACAUUCCUUUUCCCGUUCUUUUGUUUUUGUUUGACUGUGAGGGAUGCAUCUUUCCUUGCAUGACAACUCUGCAGAAAAAUCGUAAUUCCCCAUUUUGUUCUAAGGACRAAUUGUGCUGAGAGAUUCUAUAGGGUACUGGAAGUGGAGAGGGAGGGAGGAUGUGAUGGUAGUGCUGUAAAAACUGGAAGCACUGAGUACAGGUAGCAGGAGUGGUGAAGCUUUAAAGCCACUAGGAAAUACCAGCUGCCAUCUCUACGGGACUUGUGUGUGUCAAGUUAUUCAUCAUAUGUGUUUUGUUUGCAUUGUGGCAUGUCUGUAUUGAGAAACCAGUAGUGYGACACUCGCCUAACUCCCCCUCACGUAACCACUAACACGAAUCGUCAUUAAAAUGCUUUGGCUUCCCUUCAUUGCUCUCUCUCUCCUUUGUUUUCUGCCACGUUUUUCCUCCAUCCUCUGCAUGGUGGCGGGCAGCCUCCUCCUCGGUGCUAACCCCUGGAGCGAGGAGCCCUGGGCUGGCCGUGGAGCGUGGCUGGGAGGGCAGCUGCCCCCACCAGGUGCUCCCCAGUUGCUCCCUCCAGCUUUCUGUCACAUACCCAGUGUAAGCACAUUUUGCAAAUCUCUUGGUGGUUUGUUUGGCUGCUUGCUAUGUACAUAUUUUAAGGACAAUCAUAUCCUUUAAAGGAAAAUGGUAAAGUAGCUGGUAGUAGGGCGUCAGUAUUUCGAAUCAUUGCGACAUACUGACGUUGAUUCAGGGUAAUUGUUGUGUGAGAGUAAAGGUACAAUUUAAUAUUCAAAUUAACUUUGUACUUCUAAAAUUCACUUUUGUCUUUAAGCCAUCUAUGUUUUUUAUUUUGAAAGGURAUAGAAGAUCUAAUAUUUACUAGGGCUUUUGAUUUUCAUACAAAUAUAUUUGUAUAACCCCACACAAUGCCUGAAACAAUCACUGAAAGGAGGUUCAAAGGCUUCCUUUAGACSUAUAAAUAAAUCCUGAAAGAUCCCUGUAAAAUACUGUGAGAUGCCCAAGAACAAACWGUUAAUGGCUUGCUGGAUUUAAAGGCUGAGACAUAAAGAGGUAGUAGUCCUGAGGCAUUCUGUGGUGGCUURCAUUCUUAUUUAUGUUGCCCUGUUCAAGCAUAUAUUUUCCUUGGCUUUGGUAGUUAUUGAGUUAGAAAUUAUGUACUGAGUCCCAAAGAUAACAUUCCCAAUGCUGUCAUUGUUUUUUGAUUUUCUUAGAGAAUAUUUUUCUUUAUUUGUUUCAUUUGUUAUUUGGUGGUCUGAAUGAUGCUUUGUAAUUAUCAGCUGUAUGUCGUUCAUAAAGAUUUUAUAGAUCAGGACUUCGUAUUUAGUUAUGUGUACUCUUUGCACUUUCAGGUCCCUGCUGGUAAAUUUUGUAUGUUCUUAGGAUUUUUCUAUAUAUUGCAUAGUGUUUUAUAGCUAUCUACAGUGAUUUCAGUGGUAUACAUUCCUGUUCUUUAUAUCAGCACAAAAGAUUUCCUUUCAGUAGCAUGAAAUUAUGUUUUUGUGGACUUGUUUUSUCAUGAUAGGAGCUAAAUUUCCUGCACUAAAUAUCUGGCCUGCAACAGACAUAAAAGGUCUUAUUUUCCAUGUAGAGCGUAUGCAUUUUGCUCUUGCCAGUAACAGGACUCAAACACGCGUAGUAGAUUUCAGAGGAAAUUCCAUGAUUAGAAUAAGAAACAAAACAUGUUCAGUCUUAUUCCAUCAAUAACCAGCAUCUUCUUCAUCCACUGUGAACAUCCUCACUGCCAUUCAGGGUAGUAGAGGACUGAAUUUUAAAAAUUAUUAGCGUAGAUGUACACUAUGAAAAUUAAUUCACUGAUUAUUUUUUAAUGAAUCUUACUAAAUUAUUUAUCUUAGCUAAUCGAAUAUUGCACCAAAGUCUUAAAACAUCUGAUACAGAUGGCAUUUUCAGUAAGAUCCUAUGAGUGCAGAUGAGCCAAAUUAACAGGCUUUGCUUAGCAAAGCAAAACCUUGCUGUUUCUUAAAUUUGUAGUACUGACUGAGCUUGCAGAUCAAAGGGAGCCAUUGAUUCUGCUGCGUGGCAAUGCACCGGGGUUUUUCUUUCCCUGCUCUGAUGGAGUACUUUGAGAAAAGGCUUUUCAGCAAGAUAAUGGUGUGAAAGGGACAGAUCACAGUAACAAUGGCAACUUACAAGACAGAUGGUUAUCCAACAGCCGCURCAGGGGAUUCUAGGCAAGGUGGCCUGAAAAUGUAUUUUCAUAGUUACUGAUAUGAAAGGCUGGGGCUUGUGUCUUGGAAAAACAAAUUGACACCAACUAAAAGUGCAGAAAUGUGUCUUGGUAGAGUUUACACAUGACAGCUUCUGCAGGGUUUGUUUUUGGUUUUUAUUUUGGCUUUUCUUUUUUUCCCCCUUUGUUUAUAUUUUUAUUAUGAUGACAUAACCCCACGUGUCCAAGCAGCACAACAACUGACUCUUCUGAGAUUCAGUGCUGAGAAUACACUGUUAGCUGUCCCCAGUGGCCUGGGACUGGUUCCUCCUGAAUAUCCCUCCUUCCACUGAGGGGUAGGAGGGAUGGGAUGAUAGGAUUCCCUUGUCAUGAGUCCACGUGCUGUUUACUGUGAGCAGGAGGUAUCUCAGUCUGUCUUGCUGUUGUUUUCAGGGGGCAAUUUAUUUUUAAUUUAACUCACAGUAAUUUUUUACUCAUCAUUACUCAUCUUCCUUGUGAGCAUCUUGGGCAGGAACAUUCAGCACUGAUUUGGUGUUUCCUAGGUCCAUUUCAUGUAGAGAGAAAUGAAAGGACUUGUCAUAUGCAAAGGAAUUAUAGCUAUAACCACUUGAGCCACAUCAUGGGGGCCUUUAUUCCUGCAAAAGCAGGUUGUUAAAAACUCUUCUUGCCUUAGAAGGCUUCUUCACCCAAAACAGUGAGUACUGUUGCCUAGGACCCUGUUUUUUCCUGUGUCUCUCAUUCCUUCUCAGCCAURCUGCAGUUGCUUGGGAAACAGAUUUUCGAUCUAGCCUUCCAGCACUAGAAAAGAGGGUCUGCUGCCAGUAUGCCUCCUCUUUAGGAGAUCUUUGCUUCUAGUUCUUGGUCUUGAAAGAAUUAAAUCCCCCUCAGAAUAAGCAGCAAAGAUAUUUUAAAUUGAGAUCUCUGCUGUGUGAUUUCAUACACUUGGGUGAGGAUGUCGAGUGAUAUUUUGCAUAGCAUGGAGUACAUUCCUYCACUUUCCUGUUGUGGACAAUUUAGUAAAUGUAGCAGGGAAGCAGGUCACUCUUGUAGGAAAGCCCAGGAGAUGUUUGUUAUGGAGACUGUGCCCAGAUUAUCUUUGCUAAGAACUGCUUUCCUUUUUCCUUUCUGUACGUAAAUAAAUAGAGCCAAAGUUGUAGUACAGAGAGGAAAAGGUUGUGCACCUCACAGGGCAACGAGUUUUAAACUGCCAGGCUGAAAGGCUUCUGGUAGCAAUGGCUGAAAGAAGAUUGCUUUUCUUACUUUGACAUCACAUCCAAGCAAUGCUUUGCAAUAAAAGCUACUCCAGCUAUGGCCACAAAGUUAGAAAACUGGCAUUUUCCAACAGGACAAUCUCUUUCCAUGGUCCAGUUCUGCUGUGGCAAAGCUUCCACUGACUCCAGUAAGAGCUGGCAAAGAUCCUUAAUCUCUUAGUCUUAAGGAAGUAGAAAGUGUUUCUUAAACAAGUCUUCCUUUUUUUUUUUUUU